AUGGAUCGCCUGAAAGUGAAACGUGCCAGCCGUCGUACACAAACAACGAAGCUCAUCAACGACGCCAUGGCUGCGCUGAACGAUGGAUCUUCCAGAUUGGAUGUGGUCAACAGCCUACUGGAACGACUCACAGUAAGUCACAGUGACUUGACUACUCUCAACAAAGAGAUAGAACCGCAUGUGCGAGAGGAGGAACUCGAAAGCGAGUACGUCACUGUGAUGGACUAUGAAGACAGAGCGACGGAAACGAUUGCCAACCUGCGUUGGAGACUGUCGCAAUCUCAGACGUCGCCGUCUCCACCGCAGCUUUCUAACGUACAGACAGAUGUAUCAAGAACGCCGCAUGCCCCACGUCCUGGAGUGAAACUUCCUAAGCUUAGCCUUCAGCAAUUUCGUGGAGACCUCUCCGACUGGCAAGGGUUUUGGGAACAGUUCAGAACAACGAUUCACGACAACGAGGGGCUAAGCAGGAUAGAAAAGUUUCACUAUCUCCGUUCUCUACUCCAUGGUCCAGCCGCUGGAGCUAUCGCCGGCUUGCAGACGUCGGAGGCAUCUUACGACGACGCUGUGGAAAUCCUUUCUCAGCGUUUUGGUGACCGUGGGCGGAUAGAAAAACAAUACCUCGCUAAACUCCGCAACCUACCGGCCGUCACAUCAUCGGAUGAUAUACAUGGACUUCGUAAACUAUACGACAACGUACAGAUGAACAUCCGUGGUCUCCGGUCCCUGGGAGUUUCCAGCGCAAACUAUUCUGCUAUGCUGUCUGAAAUCCUAUUGUCGUCACUCCCUACGGACAUUGUAGUGGAAUACCAUCGCUCUACAAAUCGUAAACUACAGCAAGACGAGGACGGCUCUGAAUCGGUCUCAACGCACGGUGCUUCGGACACAUCGAAGGACGCCACAUCCGACGCAACGAAAGAAAUAAGCAACAUUCUUCGAUUCUUUCGUAUCGAGGUAGAAAGUCGAGAACGCAGCGAACUGACUCAAGACAGAAAGAAACCUUCCGUGGCGCCUGAGCUACGGCAGGCCUUCAACCAACGCAGUACAUCCUCGGCCGCGGUACUCUACAGUGCGUCAGUUCCUAAGUGCGGCUGCCUCUUUUGUUCGGAUACUGCGCACACAACGGACAACUGUGCUGGACCACUUCCAUUGGAUCGGCCGGAAGAAGAGGUUGGCUGA